GGAUCUUGAUUUUGCCCUUUGGAUUAUAAUGGAAGCUUCAAACAGUUGUACCUAACAUUACACUCUGUGCAUCCACUGUCAGGGCAUUAUUGGUAAAUAAACUGGACGGAAUAUUCUCUGUGAAGUUGAGCUUUGUUCUUCCCAUUUAUCGGCCCGUAAAAAGUUUCGAAAAUGUCUGCCGCUUUUAAGUUAUCCAAGAAGAAAUACUCUCAGCAAGAUCUGAGGCGUAUAAUGAGUGAAACAAAAGCUGCCAAACAGCAGCAGUCGGACAGCGAGUUGAAACGCGUCGAAUCUCCACUUGCAAAAUAUAACGAUGCCGGACAACUAAUGUGUGUUCUUUGUCGGUCGAUCGUUCGAUCCGCCGCGGUUUGGAAAGUCCACAUACACUCUAAGCAACACAAGGAAAACAAUGAGUUAGCAAAAAAGCUCAAGGAUAGUUCCGCAGUUGAUAGUGUGGAGCCGAGAAACGCUCCCAACGUGAAUCUGAAACGAACCGGCGGUCCAGACACGGGUGUUGAUACCGUACCUGUGAAAAAGAUUAAAGGAAUACUGAAGAAUUCCUCGCAGACGGGAGCAACACAAGACGCAUUACCACAUGACUUUUUCGAUGAUGCUGCUAAUUCAGCUAAUGUUCCCUCUUCUAUACGUAAGGAUCUUGUCAACAUAAAACUGCCAGAAAAGCAUCGUGGCCAGGUGGCAGAGCCGAUGGAACUUGAUCAUACGGAAAAAGAUGUUGGUGGAUCCUUAAUAAUGGUAGAUGAGGAAAAAUUACCAGAAGGAUUUUUUGACGAUCCGAAAAUGGAUGCGAAAGCACGUAAUCAGGAGUAUAAAGACCCGAACGAUGAAGAAUGGGAAAAAUUUCAGAAAGAAAUUAAGGAGGCAACAAACAUUUCCAUGGCCAUUAUCAGUGAGGAACAAGAGGAAUCCACCGCCGAAAGACAAAUAGCGGAGAUAGAUGAACAAAUACGCAACUGGUCUCGUGUGUUGGAUUUGGAAAAGAAGAAAGAACAAGUUAAGACCUUGAAAGGAGUUAAAGGCUCAGAAAUGUUUUUGAGUUCUGCUAAAAGGACGGGCCAACCCGCCCAAACAGCCAAUGGCAAUGAUCGUGAGGAGGAUGAUGAUGAUGCUGAUGAAGAGUUUGAUGAAUUUUUAGAUUGGAGAGCAAAGAAAUCGUACAAAUAGAUUUUCACAGUAUGUAUGUGAA